AUGGAGUUUGUGCGGGCGCUGUGGCUCGGCCUGGCGCUGGCGCUGGGGCCGGGGCCCGCUGCGGGCCACCCGCAGCCGUGCGGCGUCCUGACGCGCCUGGGGGGCUCGAUGCGCCUGGGCGCCCUUCUGCCCCGCGCGCCCGCCGCCCGGGCCCGCGUCCGCGCCGCCCUAGCCCGGGCCGCCCUGGAGCCGGGGCUGCCGCACAACCUGAGCCUGGAGCUGGUGGCUGCCGCGCCCCUCGCCCGCGACCCCGCCUCGCUGGCCCGCGGUCUGUGCCAGGCGCUGGCGGCACCGGGAGUGGCGGCCGUGCUCGCCUUCCCCGAGGCGCGGCCCGAGCUGCUGCAGCUGCACUUCCUGGCGGCCGCCACCGAGACCCCCGUGCUCAGCGUGCUACGGCGGGAGGCACGCGCGCCCCUCGGCGCCCCGAACCCAUUCCACCUGCAGCUGGACUGGGCCAGCCCCCUGGAGACGCUGUUGGAUGUGCUGGUGUCUGUGCUUCAGGUGCACACCUGGGAGGAUGUCGGCCUGGUGCUCUGCCGCGUGAGGGACCCCAGUGGCCUGGUGGCCCUCUGGACAAGCCGGGCUGGCUGGGCCCCGAAGCUCGUGCUGGACCUGAGCCGGCAGGACCCUGGCAAUGCAGGCCUGCAGGCACGCCUGGCCCCACUGGGAGCGCCAGAGGGGGGCACUGCCCCAGUACCCAUAGCGGUCCUCCUGGGCUGCGAUGCAGUGCGUGCUCAGCAGGUGCUGCAGGCUGCACCCCCUGGGCCCCGCUGGCUGCUGGGCACCCCGCUGCCCGCUGAGGCCCUGCCUACCGAGGGCCUGCCUCCUGGGCUGCUGGCGAUGGGGGAGGUUGCUCGGCCCCCACUGGAGGCCGCCAUCCAUGACGCAGUGGAACUAGUGGCCCGCGCGCUGGGCAGCGCGGCCCGUGUGCAACCAGAGCGUGCCCUCCUCCCCACCAUGGUCAACUGCAAUGACCUGCAGCCUGGGUCCGAGUCCUCUGGCCUCUUCCUGGCACGGUUCCUGGCCAACACGUCGUUCCAGGGUCACACCGGGCCAGUGUGGGUGACCGGCUCCUCGCAGGUGCACAUCUCCCGCCGCUUCCGGGUGUGGAGCCUUCGCCACGAUCCGCUGGGCGCCCCGGCCUGGGCCACGGUGGGCACCUGGAGGGACGGGCGGCUGGAGUCCGAGACGGGGGGCGUGGCGGCGAGGCCCCCUCCCCAGCCCGGCGCCCCGGGGGCUCGGCCUAAGCUGCGCGUGGUGACGCUGGUGGAGCACCCGUUUGUGUUCGCCCGCGAGCCGGACGAGGAUGGGCAGUGCCCUGCGGGGCAGCUGUGCCUGGCCCCCGGCACCAAUGACUCGGCCACCUUGGAUGCGCUCUUCGCUGGGCUGGCCAAUGGCUCGGUGCCCCGCGCGCUGCGCCGAUGCUGCUACGGCUACUGCAUCGACCUGCUGGAGCGCCUGGCAGAGGACACGCCCUUCGACUUCGAGCUGUACAUUGUGGGUGAUGGCAAGUACGGCGCGCUCCGAGACGGCCGCUGGACCGGCCUGGUGGGCGACCUGCUGGCUGGCCGGGCGCACAUGGCGGUCACCAGCUUCAGCAUCAACUCGGCCCGCUCACAGGUGGUGGACUUCAGCAGCCCCUUCUUCUCUACGAGCCUUGGCAUCAUGGUGCGCUCACGGGACACGGCGUCGCCCAUUGGCGCUUUCAUGUGGCCGCUGCACUGGUCCAUGUGGCUGGGUGUCUUCGCCGCGCUGCACCUCACUGCGCUCUUCCUCACGCUCUAUGAAUGGCGUAGCCCCUAUGGCCUCACACCCCGCGGCCGCAACCGGGCCACCGUGUUCUCCUACUCCUCUGCCCUCAACCUCUGCUACGCCAUCCUCUUCGGCCGCACGGUGUCCAGCAAGACGCCCAAGUGUCCCACGGGGCGCCUCCUCAUGAAUCUGUGGGCCAUCUUCUGCCUGCUCGUGCUCUCCAGCUACACGGCCAACCUGGCCGCCGUCAUGGUCGGGGACAAGACUUUCGAGGAGCUGUCGGGGAUCCACGACCCCAAGCUGCACCAUCCAUCCCAGGGAUUCCGCUUCGGCACCGUGUGGGAAAGCAGCGCCGAGGCCUACAUCAAGAAGAGCUUCCCCGAGAUGUACGCACACAUGCGGCGCCACAGCGCACCCACCACGCCCCACGGCGUCUCCAUGCUCACGAGCGACCCCCCCAAGCUCAAUGCCUUCAUCAUGGACAAGUCUCUUUUGGACUACGAAGUGUCUAUCGACGCUGACUGCAGACUGCUGACUGUGGGCAAGCCUUUCGCCAUCGAGGGUUAUGGCAUCGGACUCCCCCAGAACUCGCCGCUCACCUCCAACCUGUCGGAGUUCAUCAGCCGCUACAAGUCCUCUGGCUUCAUCGACUUGUUGCACGACAAGUGGUACAAGAUGGUGCCUUGUGGGAAGCGGGUCUUUGCCGUUACAGAGACCCUCCAGAUGGGUAUCUAUCACUUCUCGGGGCUCUUUGUGCUGUUGUGCCUGGGCCUGGGCAGCGCCCUCCUUAGCUCACUGGGUGAGCAUGUCUUCUACCACCUGGCACUGCCGCGCAUCCGAAGGGGCAACAAGCUGCAGUACUGGCUGCACACGAGCCAGAGAAUCCAUCGUGCCCUCAACACAGAGCCGCCUGAUGGACAGGAGGAGGCAGAGCCGGAGCCAAGAUGUCCUGAAGAGCCUCAACAGGACACAGUGGCCCCCACCAUGGGUCCACGGAGCUGGACACGGGUGCGCCGGGCCGUGGUGAGGGAAAGGCGGGUGCGCUUCCUGCUGGAGCCAGCCAUGGCCACCGCCACACCAGAUGCGGAGGUGGAUGAGGCUGUGCUGCCCAGCUGCCCAGUCUGGCUCUGCUCCAACGGUCGCCUGGCCACUGAGCUGCCCUCCAGAGCCCCUCGCCCUGGGGAGCUGGAGGAACUGGAGCAGCACAUCGCAGACACACAUGAGCGGCUCCGCCAGGCACUGGUGCGGCGUGGAGAGCUUCUGGCCCAGCUUGGGGACAGCGCCCAUGACCAGCCAUGCCCACUGCUCCAGGCCUUUGAGGAAGCACCUGGGGCUGCCCAGUGACUCUGGGACCAGGAACUGGGCCCCAUCACCACCCCGCCCUGCCCAAGAGUGGACCCUACACUCCCCAGCCCACACCCUGGCCCUGCACAGAAAUGCCGGCUGGACGCUGUCAACAGACAGUUUAUUCUAUAUACAAACACCAUUUUGUACACUGCAAUUAAAUAGAGUGGAAUGAGCA